CAUUUAUUAAUUUGAAUAUUAUACAUAGUUCAUUAUUCAAAUCACAGUUGAAUGUAUAAAAACUGUAAUAACAAUAUGGUCACAAGUCUUCUGUUGUUCCAGCCAGCUGUAUCCGUUGGGAAUGUUGGCCAGCUUGCAGUAGAUCUACUUAUUUCUACCUUUGACAUGCCUAAAGUUGGUUACUUCUACACUGAUUGCCUGAUGCCAAUGGUUGGGAAUAAUCCAUAUGCAACAACAGAAGUAAACUCAACAGAGUUGAGUAUAAAUGCUGAAGUAUAUUCUUUACCUUCUAAAAAGCUUGUGGUCCUCCAAAUCAGAUCACCAUUUGUAAAGAAUAAAUAUAGAUUAUUUUGUCAAACACUGCUUUCUUGGGUGAAAAGCAGUAGAUGUGCCAAAGUCAUUCUUCUAUCAAGUAGCCAUGCAUACCAGCGCGAUGAUCAGCAGCUUCAUGGUACACCACUACGAUACUUACUCACACCUGCUAUUCAGAAAACAGCUGGAGAUCUAAUGCAGAGGCUAAAUUGGAAGGAGAUGGAAAAAAUCGCUGCUUAUCCAGGAGCAAAUGAUGCAGAGAUGGUACUACAUAUUCCUGGAGGUGGCAUCACAAAAUUAUUAUUCAGUGAGAGUUGUUCAAAUGGAAUCCAAAUGGCAGUUCUAUUGAAAUUCUGCUCAGAGGGGGACAACAUCCCAGAUGCCUUCUCUCUUGUUAACUAUCUUAACGAAUGGCUCCAGCUAAUUAGAAGUGAAAGCAGCGAUGCCAAAGCUACUCUUUUGCAAUGGAAAAUACCACGUUCUUGGAGAUUACUCUUUGGCAGUGGCCUUCCACCUGCACUCUUCUGAUUACUCUGGUAUUCUGAAAAAAUCAGUCUUCAGAAGGAGGUUAUAGAUGUUAUACAACUAACAUAGUGAAUGCCAAGCAACAACAGUUGUCUAACAUUUAACUUAUUGUACCUUAAUAUCCUUUAUUUAUGCAAACAUUUCCUUUGCUAUUAUGUGGAUAAAAAAAGUUUAUGCAGGUCUCACUAUAUGAUCAAAACAUUGUAUAUUAUGCACACAUGUUUCUUUGGUAUCUCCUGGUGAAUUGUUUCUAAUAAACUGUUUCAAGAAA